AUGUCAAUUAAAUCAACUUCAACAGUUAAUAUUACCUCAACUGAUAAAGUAUGGUAUAUCACUGGUGCCUCGAAGGGAAUGGGAUUGAUCUUUGUCCAGAAACUCUUGGAAUAUGGUUUCAAAGUUGUUGGAACUUCAAGAGAUAAACAACAACUGAUUGAUGCAGUCGGUGCUGUUGGUAAUUCCAAUAAUUUCUUGGCUGUCAAAGUAGAGUUGGCCAAUGAAGCCAGUGUAAAGGCAUCGUUUGAUGAAGUACUUUCCAAAUUCGGACGUAUCGAUGUUGUUGUAAAUAAUGCUGGUUACUCUGUGGCUGGUGCACUCGAAGAGAGCUCUAAUGACGAUGUCCGUAAGAACUUUGAUAUCAAUGUAUUCGGUGUGUUCAAUGUACUCCGUUAUGUUACACCAAUCCUCAGAAACCAAGGAAGUGGACAUGUUUUCAACAUCUCUUCAGUUGGCGCAUUGAUAGGCUACCCAGGUUUCUCAGUAUACAGCUCAACCAAGUUUGCUCUCGAUGGAUUGACCGAAGCAUACGCCUUGGAAGUCAAACCAUUUGGAAUCAACGUCACUGGAAUCAAUCCAGGUUAUUUCAAAACUGAAUUCUUAUCAUCUGGAUCAUAUCUAAAAGCUGAAAAGAAAAUCGAUAGUUAUGGUCAUGUUCACGCUAUUGUUGAUACUCAUGCUAAUGAUAUCAGUGGUAAUCAAAGAGGUGAUUGCGCCAAACUAUUAGAUAUUCUCAUCAGAGCGUACGAAGAGAAAGAUAACACAACCAAUCACAUCUUUGUUGGUCCAGAUACAUAUCCAUUGAUUAGAGCUAAACUCCAAAAAUAUACUGCUGAUCUCGACAAAUGGGAACAAUAUGCAACCAAGACUGAUCGUGAUGAUUAUGUUGAACCAACAACAACCCAACAACAACAUUAA